AUGACAAGACUAUCCCCAUUUUCUUCCCUGCCAUUGCAGGAAGAAGUCUGGACCUUGGAGAACUUCCAAGCACAAGAUCCAGUAAAGAGGGAAUCAGAUUUCGGCCAAAAGAAGGGUCCUGCUGCCGUCAGCGAAUGUCAGCACUUCUCCGAAGACAACGUCGGCGCUUCAACCGUGACCGUUGGUUUGCCAGUAAUUUACGAAGUGAAGUCUACCGGAAUCGCUGCAGUCAUCCCCCGUACCUCCAGUAUCGUUGAACGUCUGACCAUCGACUUACGCUUAGACAGUUGCCCGCUCGGAAGCCAAGAAGAUACUGGUAUCGACGUAUAUCUUUCGCAAGUAAUCCCAGACCCCAAUCCCAAUCCAAUUCUAUCGAGGUGGGGCGGAUAUUGUUCUUCGAACGGUGCCAUCUUCAUGCCUUCACCAAUUGGCUCCGCAAAGAUGUUUCAUACUUUUCAAGGACUGGCACCACCCCACCAAACAUUAAGCUCGGAGCAAACACUACAAGACAACCCAAAACCGACAACAAAUGGAGUAACGAAGCGAAUUACAACUCCACACGCAUGUGCAGAAUGUAAACGUCGUAAAAUUCGAUGCGAUGGACGACAGCCUUGUGGGCAAUGUGUUGGAUGUCGAUCACCAAAACCGUGUUAUUACGAUAAACAUAGACAGAGGGUGAUUCCCUCUCGAAAAACCCUCGAUGCUCUGACUCAAUCCCUAGACGAAUGUCGUACCGUCAUAAGAAGACUUUAUCCUGAUCGAGAGGUGCAACAAUUAUUGCCAUUGUCUCGAAAUGAACUCGUUGCCCUCAUCGAUCGGUCCCCACGAAGUGUGCUUUCGAAUACAUCUCCCUCGGGAUCUAAUACUUCUCCCACCUCACAGGAAUAUAGAUCACCUCUGAACUCUGGUUCUGACGAAGAUAGAAGCCUAGCAAACCUCGAACAGAUACCAAGUCAAGAUAUAGAAUGGGACGAGGAAAGAAGAAACCGAGAUCCAAUGCCCGCAGAGGCGGAUGAUGUGAAUGCUUUGUCUCUAUCAGUUGAUCGACAGUCGUCGUACUUAGGUGCGACUUCAAUCAAAGCCGCACUUCUUGUUAUGCUCAAGGUAGCACCGAGACUAAGAUCUCUUUUGGCGCCUUCAAACACUAAGCAAAUUCCACCAAGUAGUAACUAUCCUACACCGCGACCGGGAAAUUCGAUCAAGGAUUUACAGGCGAUCUCAUGGUCUUCCGAUGGCCAGACCCUUAUUGAUGCAUACUUCAAUAGAGUACAAAUAUUUGUACCGAUGCUUGACGAACCUACUUUCAGAGCCGAUUUCUUGAGUGGGCGACGGCAUGAUGCACCAUGGCUUGCAUUAUUGAAUAUGGUGUUUGCUAUGGGAAGUAUUGUUGCCAGCAAAUCCGAUGACCAUAAUCAUAUUAAUUAUUACAACCGAGCGAAGGAUCACUUAGGUAUUGAUUCUUUUGGCAGUGGCCAUUUGGAAACGUUACAAGCUCUGUCGUUGAUGGGAGGAUAUUAUCUUCACUAUAUCAAUCGUCCAAAUAUGGCCAAUGCAAUCUGUGGAGCAGCACUAAGAAUGGCUUGUGCAAUGGGCUUACAUCGGGAAAGUAUACAUGAGAAUAAUAUCGAAAGCAACUUGAUUGCAGAACAAAGGCGAAGAACAUGGUGGAGUCUAUUCUGUCUUGAUACUUGGGCAUCUACAACUCUAGGAAGACCUUCUAUGGGCCGAUGGGGCCCUGCUAUUACCAUGCAGCCUCCAGAAUCAAUACAUAAUACUAAUCAAAACAUGAAUAUUAUUCCCCUAAUGGAGAACAUCAAAUUCUGCAAAGUUGCCACACAAAUCCAAGAUGCUCUGGCCCAAACCCCGCUUCUCCGAAGUGACGACCUCGCCAAUCUCGACGGACAACUCGUAGAUUGGUACGAGAACCUUCCUUGGACCUUACGCUCUACUGAACCUUGUCCCGAAUCAAUAUACACUGCCCGAUGCGUCAUGAAAUGGAGAUAUCAGAACCUUCGUAUCGUGCUUUAUAGACCUGUUCUUCUGAAUCUUGCCAAUCGAGGUAAUCAAGGAAUUUCAGCCAACAAGGAAGAACUUGCCGCCGUCCAAACAUGUCGUACAAUUGCCCGAGAAACCAUCGAAGACAUAUCACGUGAAUGGACACCUAAUCAAAUGUUAGGGUGGAACGGUGUGUGGUUCAUGUAUCAAGCAUCCAUGAUCCCACUCGUCAGUAUAUUUUGGGAAUCAUGGAAUACGAGCCUGGUUCGCGAUUGGCAAGCACAGAUUGAAGUUGUGCUUGAAGCUUUUGAUGGGAUGGCCGAUUGGUCGUUGGCUGCUAGGCGAAGUAGGGAAGUGGUGAGCAAGAUGUACGAAGCUAGUAAGCGACCUUUAACGAGACAUCCGAGUCCGGGGUUGAGCCAGAUUUCGGAUGAUAUUCAUCGGAUGGCGGGGAUAGAUGGGAGACAUUAUAUGGAUAAUGAUAUGUUGCAACAAGUGGAGAUUAUGGGAGAGGAACAAUUGAUGAUGCUUGAUAAUGGGGGCAUAUGGGAUUUGGAUGGUAUGUUGUGGGGAAACUUGCCGGAUGGAUUGGAUAUGCCUUAUGAUGGACUUCCAAUGCAGUAUGAUGAUUCGGGGAUAGGCCAAUUCGAUGGGCCGUAUAUUAUUCAUCAAUGCUGA